GCGUGGCGGCGCGGGCCUCCCGCGGCUGCCGGGGCGGUGACGGGCGCGGGCGGCCGGGCGGGUGGCGAGCGGGCCAUGCGGACGGCUGGAGACCCGGGACCCCACGGCCCUGCGCUCGUCCCUCGCGCCGCGGUAGCCCGGAGCCCGCGGGCCUAGCGGCGGCCUUUGUUCCCGGCGUCGCCGUCUGCCGAGCUCCGGCCGGCGCGGAUGCAGCUGCUCCGCCUGGGCUCGCGCUCGGGGCAGGAGGAGGAGCGGCGGCUCCGGGCGGCAUGCGAUGGGGAACUGCUGCUGGACGCAAUGCUUCGGGCUGCUCCGCCGGGAAGCGGGUCGGCUGCAGCGAGCGGGCGGAGGCUGUUGUGCAUUGUGAUCCAAAAUCAUGUUAUUCCAAGUACUUCUAACUUAGGGAAGGAAGAAAAUGAAGACUCACAUAAGAAAAGAGGUCACAUUUCACUCUCCAACAAGAAAAUGAGUGAUGCCAGCUGCUGCACACAAUGUGAAAGAUCAAAGUAUUUUAGGACAUGCCCAAGAGGAGAGCACUUGACCAUAGAGUUUGAGAACCUCGUGGAGAGUGAUGAGGGGGAGAGCCCAGGAAGCAGCCAUAGGCCACUCACUGAAGACGAAAUCGCUGACUUACAGGAGCGGCAUUAUGAUUCUAUUGCAGAAAAGCAGAAAGAUGUGGAUAGGAAAAUCCAGAGGCAGUUAGCCUUACAAGAGGAGAAGUUAAGACUAGAAGAGGAGGCUUUAUACGCUGCCCAGCGUGAAGCAGCCAGGGCAGCAAGGCAGCGGAAGCUCCUGGAGCAAGAAAAGCAGAGAGUUGCUCAGCACUAUCAUUGCAGCAGUGGAGACUAUCAAAGUGCAGGACCAGAGGACGACUUUGAAUCUUCCUUAAGAAACAUAAAGUCACAGUAUGAAGUGUUUCGGAGCAGUAGACUCUCCUCUGACGCCACAGUGCUGACACCAAACACCGAGAGCAGCUGUGACCUGAUGACCAAAACCAAAUCAACGAGUGGAAAUGACGACAGCACCUCCUUAGACCUAGAGUGGGAAGAUGAAGAAGGAAUGAACAGGAUGCUGCCCAUGAGGGAGCGCUCCAAGACAGAGGAAGACAUCCUGCGGGCAGCACUGAAGUACAGCAGCAAGAAGGGCAGCAACCCCACGUCCGCCUCGGAUGACUCCAACGGGCUGGAGUGGGAGAACGACUUUGUCAGUGCCGAGAUGGACGACAACGGCAACUCUGAGUACUCCGGGUUUGUGAACCCUGUGUUAGAACUGUCGGAUUCUGCCAUCAAGCAGUCUGAUACAGACCAGCAGAUCCGAUAGGGUGAAACCGUGACCUUACUUACCAAAUGUUUAAAAACCAACUAGAAUGUACAGGUGGCAUGCCAAGGCUUUUUGUUAAGGCAGCAAAAAACCAUGUGACAAAUGCUUGUUUUCCUAGGAGCAGGAGUGGAGGGACAGCUGAGCGCUUCAGUCAGGUGUGAUCUUAACAUCUGCCUUCUUCGUCCCAGGACUGACUCAGUGAAUCUGACAUAUCACACAUUCAUGCCUUUCUGCUCACCUCGUCAAGUUCUGCAUCUUAAGUCUGUAUUGGUUUUACUCUGAUUGCUUUAUAGAACUAAAUCUGAAAGUAUUUUUUGUUACUUCUCAGCAUAUGUGCAGGCAGCAUGAGGAGGGAUGGGCGGGUUCCCCGGGAAGGCAGACCAUUCCCAGCAGCGUCUCCCUGGUUACUUUUACCUUUCAUGUCUACUUGGCGGCAGUAAUUGGAGAUGGCCCAAGCAUUGUGCUGAUGUGCGGGCUUCCUUACACACACACACACACACACACACACAUGCACACAUCCUAAGUCCUGCUUCACUCAAUCUGAGCAAGAGAUGACAGGAUUAAAGAUGCUUCCAAAGUUUGGAUACUUUGAGUUGGUAAUAAUUAAAACUAAUACAUAAAAAUGCAUAUUUAAAAUUUUUACUUCCUUUCACAUGCCAUUAUAUUGGCUUUGAAUUUAGAUUUUAAGUUUUCACUUUCUUUUUUAAAAAUUCUAUAUUUCCAGUGAAUGAUCUUUGAAAGAUUUUUACACAGAACAUAUUCUGUGAAUGAUUUAAGAAAACACUAAAAUACGGGUAUUUCAAAGUACACACACUCCUUUCUGAUUUGAAAGGUCCCGUUGGCUGUACCGCCCUUUCCUUUGCCUUGUAGUGCAAGGCGCUCUGUGGCUGGAACAAAUUAUGUUAGCGUAUUGACGACCUGUGUCUGAGUCUUAGAGAAGGCCAGGGCUGGGAAAUGUGUCCUGACUGCAGUCUUUGGCUGGGCUGAGGACUGACUGUCACUUUGGCAAGCACACUGUAUUCUGUCUCCCUUGCUGUUCCUCUCUCUUCGGCAGCGAUGGUGCAUGCUUUCAACAGUCCAGGACGGUCCAGGUAGAAAUAGUAGAGUUCUUGCUGUCCGUGAAAACUUAUGUGGGUGGCCCUUUCGAUAUCUGAACUGCUAUACAAUGACAUCUGUAAUUUUGUCAUUUUUAAAUCUCAUACAAAUAAAUAUACUUUGAUAUGUAAAUAUGCAUUAGGUUAUGCUAUUAUUUAUAUCUAUCUCAAGAUUUAAAUUGUAGGUGUGUCAUGGAAAUAAUUUAAAGGUACUCUAUAUUCACAUUGCCUGUGUUAAUGCUUUUUAAGGUUUAUAUUACAUCAGAUGUAUAUUUUUGGUUUGGCAUAAGCUACUGUUGUAAUUUUCUUGGCUUUUUGUUCAUAAAGAAUUUUCUGAAGGAAUGGUAACUUCUCAAGGAUUGUGAAUAAACAUUUUUACAUUUAAUGAUA